UACAUACGAUAAAAAUAUUUUUAAAAAAUCGAAGCAUUGUGCAUCCCUAAUCCGAAUCAACCAAUCGAUUAUUUGUUUGAAAAUGAAACUGUCAAACUAAAUGUAUCUUUUCAUGAUCUUUUCAGAGUUAAUUUUUAAAUUUGUAUCAACUGAUAAAUGUAUCAAAAUUGGAUUUUACCCCAAGAUAAAAUGCAAAGCACAAUCAAAGAGCUAUUGGAUGCUUUAGGAUGCAAUUUAGAAGCAGACACUGUAUUAGACUACAUUCAGAAUGAUCCCAAUUAUGGCAACUGUAAUUUGUCUACCAAACAAGUGAAUGAAUACGCCCAAAGAUUGGCGCUAAAAGCAUCGAAUGCGAAAUCUUUUUUAAAAAAGUAUGACGAUUUGAAGAACCGCAACACUGAAAAUCUGUCAGAUAUCAUAACUUUAUUUUACAAAUUGGUAUGUGAUGAGAAGAAAUCAAAAAUCAGUAAACCAAAAGUGGCUCCUAAACCUAUAUUUGGUGAUAAUAAACAUCAGAUUACAAAGGAUGAUUUGCCACAGAUAAAGGAUAAAUUACUAAAAGCUGUAGACGAGAGUAAAAAACUAGUGAUGAAGUCCUUUGAAGAGAAAGAAGCCAGACUCCGACCCAAUUGGUACAGCAGUUUAGAUCUUCCUACUUGGCAAAAAGAUCAUCCAGCUAUGUCUUGGGAUUUUCCAAAAGAACCUGUGCCAAUAAUUUCUUCUUUAGCUGGUGUGCCAGUAUCUUCACAGGAGAGUAUUAUUAUAAAUGAGCUGCUGUAUGUUUUUUCUGGGGUUCCGGGUGACUACAUAGUACACCAACCUGUGAAAGACACUUUUGAUCCUCGCACUUUUCUAAUAUCAGAUGAUUUAGAUGACGCUUUGAAACAAAUUGUUCAGCAAAUGUUGCCACUUGCUUCUAAUUACUCGAUAGUUAGAAGAUUCAUUGAAAAUUGCGAUAUGUGGUCUGGUCAAGUUUUACAUGCAUUAGUUGCAGCCAUCGAGAUCUUACUUAAAGACUAUUAUACUAUGAUUGCACAAUUGGAAACAGAACAUAUGGCGGCAAAUUUGACUUUACAAAAGCUUUGGUACUUUGUGUUACCUACUAAACAUACCAUGCAAGUUCUUGCUGCGAUUGUAACUAGUAUUGGAAAGAGUGAACUGCGAGGUGGCGCUGUUUUAACUGUGCUUCACGAUAAAACAAACACAUUGAUGGGCGAUGCAAGAGCGCAGGAAAUAUCAUUAUUUCUUACCGAGCGAGCUUGCAGACCUUACCUGGAUAUUCUAGACCAGUGGAUACAUAAAGGCACUAUUGUGGAUCCAUUUCAGGAAUUUAUGAUAGAAGACAAUGAACUUAUAAAUAAAGAAGAGUUACCCGUCGACUAUUCAGCGGAUUACUGGGAGAAACGGUAUAGUGUCCAAAGAGACAGAGUACCCAAGUUCUUAGACAAAUUCACAGAUAUCAUACUGAGGACUGGAAAAUAUCUGAAUGUAAUAAGCCAGUGUGGCAAACCAAUAACGAAAACUAAUACUGAAGAAAUUAAAUACUCUCUGAGGGAGCAAAAUUAUGGUGCAAUCAUACAAAAAGCAUACGCUUAUGCGAGCAAAUCUCUGUUGGAGUUGCUACUCAAAGAAUAUGAUCUGAUGGGAAGACUGAAAUCCGUUAAGAACUAUUUCUUAAUGAGUCAAGGUGAUUUUAUAGUGCAAUUUAUGGAUGCGACCGAACAAGAAUUAUCGAAAAAAAUCGAUGAUAUAAUACCCUCAAAGUUAGAGUCUCUGUUAGGGCUUUGCUUAAGGCUCUCAGCGGCUAGUCACGAUCCAUACAAUGAAGACAUGAGGGUGGAGUUGUUGCCAUAUGAUUUACAGUUUCAAAUGUUCAAGAUUUUAUCUAUCGAAACUGAAGAUGAAAAAGAAUACAAACAAAAUAAAGACUGUCCACCGCUCACUGGCAUAGAAACGUUCUCGUUCGGCAUGGAAGUGAAGUGGCCAGUGUCGCUGAUACUCAACCACAAAGCGAUCGCCUGCUACCAGAUGAUAUUCAGACACCUGUUCUACUGCAAACACGUCGAAAGGCUGCUUUGUAGGGUGUGGUUAUACAACAAAGUGGUGAAGCGAUUCUCCGAAGCGCGACUUUACGCAGACGCGUUUUCAUUGCGCCAGCGCAUGUUGAGCUGCAUACAACAUCUGCAAUACUACAUGUGCGUGGAAGUCAUAGAGCCUUCGUGGUGCCAACUAAUACAGAGCCUCGAUAAGGUCAAUAAUGUGGACGAGGUACUGGAACGCCACAACGACUUCCUCGAGUCAUGCCUUGGCGACUGCAUGCUGACGAGUCCGCAGCUACUGAAAGCCGUCACCACUCUCUGCCUAGUCUGCGUGCAGUUUUGCACCUUCAUCCAGACCACGGGUUGCGGGGGUGGUAGUGGAGUCGGGACUGGGGGAGGAUCCGCGGAUUCAUUCGCUCGUUCCGUAUCACGAUAUGGACUGAGAUUCACCGCCGCUCUGCUUUCCGUACUCGCCAUCAUCGAGCGUACGGCGCGCGACAAUAACACCAACAAACUGCUCAACAUAUCCGCCAGAUUAAACUUCAAUACGUAUUACGUGAAGCAACUGGAGAAAUUCUGUUCGGACGACAAGCUUUUGGAAAGCGAAAGGAAACCUGGCGCCUCCUAGCGGCGAGCCGCUCGCGUCACCGCCGUGUGACGUGGCAAUCCACAUAUGUUAAAGAGAACACACUUGCAAUUACAGUGCGAUAGUUGUACGGACCUCGAAAAAGAAUCGCAAUUUAAGUGCAACGCAAUAGUUGCAAAUGAAUCGUUUCCUAUAUGAAUCUAGCGCAGCGCGCACUUUGAACCAUAGUUGCACGCAUUAAAUUUGAAUCAAAAAGUAUUUCUACAAUGUUGACGUCUGUCUAAAUAAUUGCAUUUGCAACCAUCUAAUGCGUUAAGUAUGUGCAAUAGAAGCACGAUGACGGGAUUAUCGCAGAGAGAUUAGUUGCAAGAGUGUUCCAGCUUUUAUACAUAUGCCCGGUCACUAUGCAUAGAUCCCAAGGGCGGAUCCAGAGGGGGUGUCAUGGGGGUCAUGACCCCCCCCCCUGGGCUGGGUUCAUCUGUACCCACUGUGACUUGACCACGACUAUAUGACCCUCCCCUGGCGCCAAAGUUGGAUCCGCCCUUGAUAGAUCCUCGGUUAAUAUUACAUUGGUAUCGUCCUAAAUAUGUACAAAUCCUAUCGAAUAUAGAAAUGUUUGUUAAAACAAUAACUCGACUUAGUACCUACAUACAUUUUGUACCUCUACCCGUUCGCACAACUCAAGAAAAAGAUUACCUAUCAUCAGGUGUAUUGUAUAGGUAUCACGCAUAAAGUGUUUUCUGUUAACCACAUUAAAUGUUUUGAAAAAUCUAGGAAUGCAACAUUACUUUUAAGACCAUUAUCGCUAUUAUCGGAUAAAUUCUUCAGUACCUAUAAAAUAUGUGCUGGUGAAAUAUAAUUUGCUGACAAGUUUUUAUGUAGGAACCGGGCAUAAUACCACCUUCAUAUUCCAUUCCCUGAUGCCUGUUCUAGAAAUUACACCGGGUGAUCUCUUUCUUCAGUUUUCAUUUAUUACAUUAUUCAUAUUUCACUUAAUAUUUGUAAUCUCUGUUUAAAAUAAUGUAGUGAUAUUAUGAAGCAAUAAUUUAUUUAAAAAGAUGCUUGAUUUUGUAACUUGAAAUGAUUAAUUUAAAACUGUUUUCAAUGAAAAGGAUCUGAUUUAAGUAGAUGGAACAAAGGCGAUGAAGUAGUGUUAAAAAAAUCUUUUUUUUUUUAUAUUGGUGUUUCUGCUAUUUUAACGAAGUACAAACUCAAUCGAAUAUUCAAUAAUACAUAAUUGUAUCAAAUAAGAAUGAUUAAACACUAUCAGAUAUUCCAUAUAUAAAGAUAUGUAGUUUUUAGAAGGUCUAAAAUAUUUUAAAAACACUAUUCGAUUAAAUAAUAAAUCACUUGAUUUGUAACAAUCUCAAUGACAAAGUGCAUACUUACUUAUUCCUUAAUUUAUCGUCUAAAGAAGAUGGGGUUUUUAACAGCUUGUGCAAUUGCAACUAUUAGAAAGAGCAAAAAAUCGAUUCUUACAAUUUUUCUACUAGCAAGUGCUGUUACAAAAGCUGUCUUUGAUAUUGGGAACUAUUCUGUCGCACAUUAUAUUAUUUUAUUUUACAGUUCAUCUUAUUCCUUUAUUAGGAUCGAAUCCUUAUUUACUAAGACUUAUGUUUUUUUUUUCAAUUUUGUUUAUUAAGUUGAGAGCCAUUAAUGAAAACAUAAUCAGCUAUUUUCACAUAGUUUGCUUUGCAGAGAACGUGAUAAUUGCUGGUAAUUCCAAGUUUUGUCUUGUCAUUAUGAAAGUAAAGGGUAAUUAAUAUUACCUUUUACUUUUAUUUUAAUAGCCAUUAAACGUUUCCUAUUUUAGCUACUAAUAAAAAAUCGUAUCUAAUACAGUACUCAUCCUUUUAAUAUCACAAUUAGUUGUAGUAAAUGUAACAGUCCCAGUAAUUUUUAUAAGUACAAAUUAAUCCUCUAGGAUAGAGAUUUUAUUCUAAUAAAAUCACAAUGUUAACAAUAUUUUUCAAAUCAAUAUAAAGACAAUUAACACUAUACAUCCGUGUCCAUAAAAUAGAUAACUUACUAACUGAAUAGAUAUUGUAUUUUUGUAUUGUGUGUGAACUGGUCCAAACCUUACAGUUUGUUGAAUUUUUAAUAUUAUGAUCGUUUACUAAACAUUGUCCCUUU